ACCAAGGAGAUUGUUGGACUUUCGCAUCUUGACUAUGCCUCCCGACUGGAUGUAAAAUGCCUAAUCACUUUCUAAAAAGAUAAGCAGAGCUUCAAACUCGUGUUAGCGGGGCUCGCGAGUAUAGUGGCCCCAUCAAGGGACGCUUUCGGCUCACAUCAGCUAUAUCCAAAGGCCAAAAUGGAGAUCAGUCUGGUUCUAAUGAAUGUCUUUUUAGAAUCAUGGUACAGAGGAAAGGUCAAACUACCAGAAGGGUCAUAAAGCUACCCCUGAAAAUGCCCGAAAAUUCUCGGAUAGGCUUGUCAAGCCCAAGACUUGUUGUGUACACCCUGACCUCACAAAGGCCGAGCGUCAACAAGCGUCAACUCGGGGCACACCUCAACAACAACGACAGCCACAAGCAACCUGUACUGCUGGGGCUAUAGAGGCCGUGGCCCCAUGGCCUAACCAGCCCCCCAAAACACUGAGGAAGAAGAAGAGGAGGAAGAUCAUCACCUCCACCAAGCCUGCCCCAACAAUCUGUCCUGCGUGUGGUGAAGCAGGACACUCCACGCCUGGCCUGUACACACACCACGAGACUCAGACACACCCUGAAUAAGCCCAGCCAGGCCGGUGACAGCCCUGGAGGCCGAGCCCAGUGUGCCGAGGUGCGUGUGGUGCAGGGCCAGGCAGGCGGGGGCAGGGGGCCAGCAUGCCGCAGCGGUGCUCCGUGCCGGGCUGCUACACCACCUACCAGAACACGGAGAAAAUCUCCUUCCACACCUUCCCCAAGGACCGGCAGGUGCGGCGGGAGUGGGUGCGGGUGUGCUCCAGCAAGAUCACCAGCCUGGCCGUGCUGGACAACCUGCGCAUCUGCAGCUUGCACUUCCCCCCCGAGGCCUUCCAGCGCAAGCAUGGGGAGAAGCUCACCAGGCUCAAGGCAGGCGCCGUGCCCUGCCUCAACCUCCCCCCCUUACAGGGUAACCUUAAGUUUAUUAUACUUCAAACAGUAACAGUAAUUAUUUGGUCUUCAUCCAGAACUGCACCCAACUUGCUUCAGACACUCCUUGAUGCACCUGGAAAGCUGAGUCAUUCUAACAACGUACCGUUUGGCUUUCCUGACCGAGUAGGCCGUGGGGAGGACAGAAGGCACUCUAUAGGCCCUAGGAGAGGACUGCCAGGGAGACUCAUAGCCUGGGAUCUUGCACCCUCAGACACAACCACUCCUGAAGUUAGUUCAGCCAGUGUCACACACCUUGCCCCAAAAAACGACAAAAGACCAACCAGUCCUGAAGACAGUGCUGUGCAAGUUACAUUCUUCUCAAAAAAUGGAAUUAACCAAGACCCAGAGCAAUCUUUUAAUCCCACACCCUCAAAGACAGCAAAUUCUAAAUUCAGACACGAUGUCACACAGUUUGACCCCCAAAAGAAUCUACGUGAUCCCCUGGAUGUUAGCGUCAAGCAAGGCAGCAAAGAAAAAGAAAUAGAAGUGCCAAAAGCUGUCAGCAGAGAAAGUUUUGGCAUCAAGGCCAAAUACAAAGCAGCAAAAAAACACAAGGUCGAUGACCUCCACAAGGACACUCACAACCCAGCUGACCAGACAACCCUUGACCCCUCUGCUAUCAGCCUCCAGAGAGAAAAAUCCAAGCCUAUCAAGAAGCUCAAAAAUGUCCACAGCCUCGAGGGACUCAUGCCACCAGACCAGUCAGGGAUGUUGGAUGUGCUACUGACGGCACAGAGUAAUGUAGCGGUCAACAGGAAGGAAUUGUCACCCAAUGUUAAAGUGCUGAACUACCUGCCUUUGCUCAUCCCAUGCCAACAGUCAGUGGCCAAUGCAAGAACUGCCUCCACACAAGGUGAAGCGAAGGACCAGCCAGCACCACCAGUGUUGCCAACAAAGGUUGUGGAUGUGGACGUGAUGGUGGAGGAGGUGGAGGAGGUGCCCAUGGAAGAUGACACACAAGAUCCACUGAGUUUGCACCCCACCACCACCACCAGGAUUGAAUCAGCAAACCAGUCCUGUAGGACAGAGGAGCCCACCAACACAAACCGUGCAGCAAGGGACAGAAGUUGCUCAGUGACAGCCGGUGAUUCAUCCAACUCCAGCCACGAUGAGAGAGACGCAGACGGUGGACAAUUGAGGAAUGGUGGCACGGAGAAAGAAGGUGGUGGUGGUGAUGAUAAUGAGGAGGAAGAAGAGUGUGGUGGUGAUGAUGACUGGCAGAAGGCAUUCCAAACAGAUGCUGUGUUACCACCACCACCUUUCACUGCCACGCCAGGGCCCAGAAACGUCCCACACCUGCAGAAGCCUGUUGAUUAUGUCCUUCUGUUCAUCACUCCUGCCUUCACGGACACAGUUGCACGCAAGACCAACAAGUGUGCCGACCAGUGGAUUAACAAACACAAACAUAGUCAAGAUCCUCACCACCAGCAUGCCAUUCACACCUGGCACAGAUCAGGCAAAACCACUGCUAAAGAGAUCUACGCCUUCCUAGCCGUCACGAUGAACAUGAGUCAGAUUUUAAAGCCUUGUGUUGCGUCGUACUGGGACAAGACGAGCAGGAGCCAGGCCACUCCUUGGUUCGGGGAGCACUUUGUGCUCGAAAGGUACGUCAUGAUCAUGAAGUUCCUAAGUUUUGCCGACUGUGACACCGCGCCUAGUGCAUACGAUCCCUCUUACAAACUGUAUGACAUCCAACCCCUAAUAACCCACUUUAACCAUGUGUUUGGGCAUUACUUCAAGCCACACCAAACUAUCACGUUAGGAGCGAAUACAGUAGGCAGUGCCAACAUCAAACUAAGGUCAUGGCACUGUACCCCUGCAAAACCUGUUGAGUGUAGAGUGAAGAUCUGGAACCUGUGUGACGUGGAGACGGGGUACACCGUUGCAUUCGAAGUUGAAAGUGAAUCAUUUACUGAAAAAAUUUAUGAGGAGAACGAAGUGUAUGAUUUAGUGAUGCGCCUAAUGGAAGCUGGAGACGUCUUGCAUCAGGGCUACCUUCUACAUAUUGGCAGCUGCUGUGUGUUCCCUCAGCUCCUCUUUGACCUGUGGAAAUGUCAGACACUGGUAACGGGGAGGGUGCGUCCUCAGCUAAAGGGUCUUCCGCAUAUUUUGGCGAAGGGCAAGUGGAAGAGCUGGCAGGUGUUCAAGCAGAAGAAGGGCCCACUGUUCUGCAUUGGCUCCAAGGAUCAAGAUAAGAACUUAGAGCUGAUGCUGUCCUCAGUGGCGAGCAAAGACUAUGUUUGCUCUCAGCGGAUGGCAAAGGGCAGAGAAAGGCCACUGCCACGCAACGUAAAGGACCACAGGCAGGCAACAAACAGCGCCAACUUUCAGACCUACUUUCCGGAGUGCAGUUCCCUCAAGGUGAGCACGCGAGUUGCCAUGUCCGUGAUCAACACCGCGUUCCUCAAUGCUUACCUCCUCUACGUGACCACCACGUCAGACAAACCACGGCUGAGUGAACAGUCCUUCAUGGCAUCCGCUAUUGAGGGAUUCACGGAGGGGUACAUUCCAUCACAAGUCUAGUCUCUCAGCUUGUGUCUUACUCUCCCUUUUGUCUUUCUCUUCCUGGACAAUUUUUUUUUCAUAUAUUCUCCACAUCAUCUCACUUGUCUGCCAUUCAUUCCAUCUAUAUAAUGUGGGUCUUAAACUAACUUAGCUUUUCCUCACUGAUGAAUGUCUUUUAUAUCAGUCAGUCCAAAUCUCCAACACCCUGUGCCCUCAUGGGAACUUCCCCCAAGGGAGUGGCCGCUGCAGAAAUGUCUCCAACUUCCCCUGUUCCAGCAUUCUCUCAGCACUUUCAAUCCCUUGCCUGCCAUCUCCCUCCAAUACUCGUCAACUUUAUGAUCCAUUUCACUGGUGGUCUCGCCCUGACACCCCUCCUUCAAUCAGUGAAUUAAUCAAUGGGGGCGUACGCCGGGGGGCACGUCACCUUGUUCAACCAUCAUUCACACUUCACAAAAUCAUCCUCAUGCAUCCUCAUCACAUGUCCAAACCUCAUAGUACCACAUAUCACCCAUGCAACCACUCCAUGAUUCAUUUCCUAUGCUGUUACAUCCAUACCAGUAUUGUCACAUUACUUUAUCCAUCCCAUCUUGUAACAACUCAUCCUCUUCUUAUGCAUCUCGUUUCCUCUGAGCAUAUUCAUGAUUACUGUGGCUCAUUCCAAAUUUGGGUCUGGCACAGAUGAGAGGCUUGGGAGGAUAUUGCAGUUUCUUUUACUCUUAUUUACCACCAUUCUCUUAAUUCCUUUCUUUAUCUCCAGUCCACCGAUUAUCUUUAAGGCUCUCUCCCUUACCUCUUCCACCAUGUUCCCAUACUUAUAUAAAGGUAAAGUUGGGGGCACAUUGUAAGCUAUGUGUGGCCUCCCAUCUCCUUUAUAUUAGCCCUUGAGCCUGUGGUGGAUAGGAACCCAUUACCCGGAACCCAAGGCCAGUGUGAUAUCCUGGUUACCACAGUUUACCUUCCCAUGCACCCAUUGAUUGACCAGCACGAACAGGAGGAUGGACAACUGGCUGGGGUGCUUUCGGACUGUCAGAGUAGAAUUUAGUUUAGGUUAAUGGAUUCAUAGCUAGACAUGCUAACCACUACACCACAGAGGCACAUACUUACACAGAACCAUCCCAAAGCACUUAAAUGCACUCUGUUCCUCCAUCUUCUCUCCCUCCAGCCAGAUCAUACUCACAGCCCUGUCUCCGUAUGGCUUUUUAAAGUCAAUGGCUUUUCUUAAUUGCAAAUGCCACACUACUCUUGUCUACCUUUACUUUCAAAUUUUCUUCUUUCAUACCCUGUUAAAUUAAUCCAUAAUCCUCUACAGCAUCCUCUCACUCUCUGCCAGAAAAGCAUAAUUUAAUUCAUGAUUCACAACAUGGGUUCACAAAGGGUAGGUCUUGCCUUACUAACCUGUUGUCCUUCUACACUAAAGUAAUCGAGGCGGUUGACAGAGAUGAAAACUAUGACAUAUUAUAUCUAGAUUUCAGUAAAGCGUUCGACAAAGUCCCUCAUCACCGGCUAUUACUAAAAUUACAGGCUCAUGGCGUAGAUGGGAAAGUUUUGAACUGGAUCAGGGCAUGGCUUAGUGGUAGGAAGCAGAGAAUGCAAAUCAAUGGUAGGAAAUCUGAAUGGGGCAGUGUUACGAGUGGAGUCCCACAGGGGUCGGUGCUGGGUCCUCUGCUUUUUAUUGUUUACAUCAAUGACUUGGACACAGGAAUUAGUAGCGAUGUCAGUAAGUUCGCAGAUGAUACCAAGAUCGGUAGAGUAAUCCAAUCAGACAGCGACGCUACCGUUCUCCAGGAUGAGCUUGACACACUAUAUGAUUGGGCGAGGAAGUGGCAGAUGGAAUUCAAUGUCGGGAAGUGUAGCAUUUUGAGCGUAGGUAGGAAUAACCCCUUACACAAUUACUCCUUAAAUGACACUCCUCUAAGCAGGUCUGGGCGUGAGAGAGACUAGGAGUCCUAGUGAGCGCUGACCUCCGUCCUAGGGCUCAAUGCAUUCAGGCUAAAAAUCGGGCAAACAGAGUACUAGGUUUCAUCUCAAGGAGCGUGAGCAAUAGGAGCGCUGAAGUCAUCCUCAAACUUUACUUAGCACUAGUUAGACCUCAUCUUGAUUAUGCAGUUCAAUUUUGGUCCCCCUACUAUAGAAUGAAUAUAAAGAUGUUAGAAUCUGUACAGAGGAGGAUGACAAAGAUGAUUCAGGGGGUGAGAAACUUGCCUAAUGAAGACAGGCUGAAGCAGUUAAAUCUACACUCUCUAGAAAGGCGAAGGGUGCGAGGAGACUUGAUCGAAGUUUAUAAAUGGAUGAAGGGAUUUAAUAAAGGGGAUGUCAAUAAAAUUUUGAGAGUGAAAGAGCCAGGUAGGAUGCGUGGAAAUGGUUUUAAGUUAGACAAAUUGAGAUUCAACAAAGACAUAGGCAAGAAUUGGUUCACCAAUAGAGUGGUGGACAAAUGGAACAGGCUUGGGAGCCAUGUUGUGGGUGCCAGUACCAUAGAUACAUUCAAGAAGAGGUUAGAUAAAACCAUGGAUGGUGAGGGAAGGUGGGGUUGAGUGUACAGGAGCUGCCUUGUAUAGGCCAACCGGCCUCUUGCAGACUCCUAAUGUUCUUAUUAUUUUGGCUUUCAUUUCUCCCAUGCAAUCCAUAUCAGUAUAGUACAGCCAUGGUGACAUCUGUUCACCUCUGUGAUGUAAUAUUUUGCAUUCCGAGCUACCAAUCCACAGGCCUGGGUUCAUUCCCAGUCCAGGUAGUUGGUCUGCAGCUCCCUCAGCUGUUCAUCCUCCUUUUCAAGUUGGCUGACAAAUGGGUACCUGAGGAAACCCAGGGAGACUUGGGAAGGCAAACCGAGGUAACCUUGAGCGUCCAGCCCUUGUGGGCGGGGCUUGGCAUGACUCUUCUCAUACCGGACGAAGAUGACAGAGUCUGUACAUGCUUGUUUUUUGCACUAGAGUGGCCACACGUCAUUGGAAGCCUGAUUUCACUCACCUUUGCAUCACAUUUAUAAACAAGCAGCAAAAAUAAAUUUGGGCUGCCAGGUUUGCAGCAGAAUUACUUUGAUCUGCAAAAAGUGAAGCAAGAUAAGCAAUGCUUUCUUUCAUUGGUAAUAUUUUCAUAUGGAAUUAUUUUAAUUUAGUAUCCUAAUAAUCUACCUCACAGUCCGUUUAGAAGUAAAUGAGGUAUAGCAUUGCUAUCUUCAUGCCGAGUGCUGCCUCCUGACACAAUUCACCUUAGAAAGUCUCCCAUCCCUGCCCAUACCAGUCCUCAACCUUUCUACAUCCCAUUUUCUUCAUCAUUUCCACACUUGGCACUCCACACCCUCUCAGGUGUGUUUUUCCAAUAUCUAAUAUGUCUGCCUUUCCUCUCCCACUGUUGUUUCUGUGCAAAUCUCUUCCCUAAAGUGUCUCACAAAGGCAGACAUUGUGGCUCAUGAGGUGGAAAUUUUACCCCCUUCUGAAAUAAAUAAGUGUGGGGUUGCAUCUUAACCUAAUGGUGUGAGAGACUCCUUAUGUUCCUGUGUAUACCUACCCAGAACUGUGACUACAUCUGUCACUUGCUUUAAGGGAAGUUUUAUUCCACAUCAAGCAUGACAUUGUUACAGUCUCCUUAUGUUCCUGUGUGUACCUUCCCAGAACUGUGACUACGUCUGUCACUUGCUGUAAGGGAAGUUUUAUUCUUCCUCAAGCAUGGCUAAGCUAGUAUAAAUGAUGAGUUAAUGAAAAGUACAAAACUUCUUUGGCAUGGUAUAAUGACUAAUAUUAUUUUCAAUGCAAGGACAUAAUGGGAACAGAGGCUCGAGACAGUAGAGUUCUGAACGGAGCUAUACAAGUGUGAUGCAUUGUUAGGUGAGGCUUGAGACUGAAGAGUUUUGUUGGAGCUGUCUAAUUGUGAUGCAUUGUUAGGUGUUUUGUAUGCAGCAAUACAAGUGUGAUGCACUGUCAGGUGAGGCUUGAGACUAUAGACUAGUAGAGUUUUGUACUGAGCUGUAUAAGUGUGAUGCAUUGUUAGCUGUUUUGUAAGGAGCUAUAUAUGUGAUGCAUUUUGUUAGGUGCAAUGAAAGCUCAUUUGGACAAUCUGACCUACCUUGACAGUCCUGGCCUAGACUGAGCUCUUGGCUGAUGUAGACCCUGUCCAAAUUGAUUGUAACAACCCACAAAUUAGCAUGGCCAAAACAUCCUUGCUGUUUAAAACACUCUGGGUCCAUGAGCCAAGACUGGAUUAAGCCUGAAGUUGUAGUAGUUUGGUGCGUGAAGUUUAAGGUACAUAACGUGUUGUCUGUAUGGUGCACCAUAUUGGUGCAGAGAUCUAAUUUUUGUACACCUGCUGGCUCUGAGAGGUGCCUUGAGGGGGUGACUGGUGGACAUGUGGUGCCAGCAGAGGCCGCCUGCCCUCACUGGCUUGGGGAGUGCCACAUCUCAAGCUGCUGGGAGAUAGAUUGGUGGAUCAGUAUUGCCCCCUUCAUGCACUCAUUUACUGGUGCCUAUCCUUGCCCUCGCUGGCUUGGGGAGUGUCAUGCCUCAGGCUGCUGGGAGGUAAAGGGGUGGAUCAGUAUUGCCCUCUUCAUGCAUCCAUCUAUUGGUGCCUGUUCUUUAGAUCAGCACAAGUGCUGGGUCCUCAUGGUGGUCUGCCAGUAAUAAAGUACAUAUAAAGAG